AUGUCCCUGAUUAAUACUAGUAUGGGCCCUUACCAGAAAGAAACCUUCAUUAACAUCGUUCGCAGAGCGUUUCCACUUCUUGUCUGUGGCUUUCUUAUUCUUGCCGGAAACACUCUUUUCCCCUGCCUACUUCGAUUAUUCAUAUGGGUCCUGAAAAUGAUGUUGCCAAAUAAACCCACUUGGAAAUUGUGGCAUCAGACUUUCGAAUUCACUCUCGCUCAAUCACAAAAGGUCGGCGCUUACUUAUAUCCUGCUUGGCAUACGUGGUUCAUACUGGGCACCGUCCUUAUCCUCAAUUCCAUCAUGUGGGGUGCUUUUGAGGUUGCUGCCAUCCAUAACGAGGAAAUUCGCGCUCUUCCAGUCCAAUUCAGAGUCCUAGACGGGCUAUUCCAGGGAUUAUCUGUGCGUGGUGGUGGUUUUACUGUUGUGGCAUUUGAUCGACUCCCACAGGGAUUGCUUAUCCUAUAUGGUAUAUUUCUCAUUCUCCAAACGUGGAAGUCAUGUUUUGAGCAUAGCAGCACCAAUUCCGCAGAUAGUUGGACCACAGGUCCACAUCAACAAGAAUCCUAUAUAUCAACCCGCUCAAAGUUUCCGCAUGCCCGCUUCGCUUACCAACAAUUCCGCUCUCAAUUCAGCCACGAUAUCUGGUGGCUCUCGCUCGCUAUUAUUCUCAUAACCACGACUGAGUCAGAUCACUUUCAAGCAGAACCGAUGGCUUUUUCCACAUUCAAGGUUAUUUUCGAAACAGUGUCUGCAUACAGCUGCGUCGGUGUAAGUAUCGGUUAUCCGGGCAAAAGCUAUGCGUUUUGUGGUGCGUGGCAUACGCUUAGUAAAUUAUUUUUAAUUGCAGUUGCAUUUCGAGGAAGGCACCGUGGUAUAUCUGUUACUAUUGACAGUUGUGCUCCUUUCUUUGAAUCGUCGGUAUCACCAGAGACAAAUAGACACGUCGAGGAAGAGAGAUUUGCAGCACAACAUCAAGAAAUUGUCAGAUAG